AUGAUAUAGUAAUAACAAUAACCUAUUUAAGAUCAAUAAUAACCAGUCUAAAUAACUACUGAAUAUGCAUUUAAAUCAAUACCAUAAACUAAAUGUGUUUAUCAUCCUAAGUUUAUAACACAUUUUUGCAAAAAAACAACAUGUUUAAUGCCUCUAUGUGAAACUUGUUUAGAAAUUCAUUCUCCUCAACAUUCCAAAUUUAGUAAGUUAUAUUUUAACUCUAUUAUACAGUCGACACUAUCUAAAACACUCUAACUGAAGUCUAUAGGGGUUAUGCCAAAAGAGCCAAUGAAAUUGCAAUGCAUUAAAGAUAUGAUUUUUUGUAAUUACGUUAAGAUCUUCAUAAGUUGAUUGAUGCCAUUUUUGAAGAUCUUCUCAGAAAGGCUGAUUAAAAUUAUCAACCAGAUUUAGUCAUUGAAUGGAGAAAUCUAAUCUCUAAAUUGGAAAAACUCAAAGAUUCUCAGUCUUGUAUGAAAGAAGCAAUUUUAUAUUUUGUUGAACCAGACCAAGGGUAUCAUAAACCUUAAUUAACAUUUUAAAAUAAUCCAAUCAAAAUAGAUCAAUACUAAUUAUAAUAAGCAAAAUACCAUUUGAAUAGAUUAUUUACAAUAGAUUUCAAUAAUGAAGAAUAUUUAAACUAUAGCAAUUAUGAAUGGCAGAAUGAAAAUCCUAUUAGAGGAGCUUCAAGCAUUUUAGAUUAUUCAGAAGUUUAUUAAAUAAAUAAUCAUUCAGAUAAUAAAAUAAUUAGUAAUAAUAAUAAUAAUAAUAAUAAUAAUAAUAAUAAUAAUAAUAAUAAUAAUAAUAAUAAUAAUAAUAAUAAUAAUAAUAAUAAUAAUAAUAAUAAUAAUAAUAAUAAUAAUAAUAAUAAUAAUAAUAAUAAUAAUAAUAAUAAUAAUAAUAAUAAUAAUAAUAAUAAUAAUAAUAAUAAUAAUAAUAAUAAUAAUAAUAAUAAUAAUAAUAAUAAUAAUAAUAAUAAUAAUAAUAAUAAUAAUAAUAAUAAUAAUAAUAAUAAUAAUAAUAAUAAUAAUAAUAAUAAUAAUAAUAAUAAUAAUAAUAAUAAUAAUAAUAAUAAUAAUAAUAAUAAUAAUAAUAAUAAUAAUAAUAAUAAUAAUAAUAAUAAUAAUAAUAAUAAUAAUAAUAAUAAUAAUAAUAAUAAUAAUAAUAAUAAUAAUAAUAAUAAUAAUAAUAAUAAUAAUAAUAAUAAUAAUAAUAAUAAUAAUAAUAAUAAUAAUAAUAAUAAUAAUAAUAAUAAUAAUAAUAAUAAUAAUAAUAAUAAUAAUAAUAAUAAUAAUAAUAAUAAUAAUAAUAAUAAUAAUAAUAAUAAUAAUAAUAAUAAUAAUAAUAAUAAUAAUAAUAAUAAUAAUAAUAAUAAUAAUAAUAAUAAUAAUAAUAAUAAUAAUAAUAAUAAUAAUAAUAAUAAUAAUAAUAAUAAUAAUAAUAAUAAUAAUAAUAAUAAUAAUAAUCACAAUAAUAAUAAUAAUAAUCACAAUACUAAUAAUAAUAACCAUCAUCCUUAGAAUCUUAUUACUUAAACUUAAUUUGAAUAGAGUCCCAUAAGAUUGGUGCUGCCUAUAGAUUAAUAAUACGUUAUUCAAAGUCCAAAUGUUAUUCAGUAUGCAUAACCAAUCAUUCGAACUCCAUACACAGUACCAUCAGUUUAUACAGUAUCAACGGUGAGGCCUUUCAAAUAGGUAAUCAAAAUUUCUAAUAUCUUCUAGAGUAGAGAAUUCAGUUAUGCUCUUUCUUUUGUCUAAUGA